AAACAAAACAAAGCUCUCAAAUAACCUUUUUCCUUUCAAAACGCACGUGUGUGUCGAAUUUCAUUCGAAAUGUUCGUAAGUUUAUACGAAUUCAAAACAGUACUUUAAGUAAGGAUAUAUUGAUUCAAAGCAAAUAUCUUAACAUGUCACGGGUUAUAGUUAAGAAUAUUCCCAACGGGAUAACGGAAGCGAAACUCCGAGAUCAUUUUAGUCGCUGUGGAAUUGUAACGGAUAUUCAGCUGAAGUAUACUCCAGAAGGAAAAUUUAGGAACUUUGGUUUCAUCGGUUAUGAAUCGGAGGAACACGCCGGCAAAGCUAUUCAACAUUUCAACAAUACUUUUUUGAGAACGUCCAAGCUUAGUGUCGCUCCAUGCGUGUCCCUCCAUGAGGCAAAAGAGCUCAAAACCUGGAGUAAAUAUAGUCAAAAGCCGCCUGCAGAUGUUGCAAAAAAUAAGGACGUUAACAAAGAGAAAAAAAAGCCGGAAACAGCAGAGGAAAUUUUGAAAAGUCACAAAAAAGAUCCACUGUUCCAGGAAUUUGUGAAAGUACAGGGAAAGGCGGGUUCCUCAGUGUGGGAAAAUAAAUUAAAUCCGAAAGAAGACGAUGACGAUGAACAAGACGAGAGUUCCAGUGGAGAAGUUGAAGAACAUGAUGAUCAGGAUCUUAAAGAAGAUAAACCGAGUAUCACCGUUCCUAAAAAAUUGAAAUUUACAAAUUUAUUUGUAGCAAAAAUACACAAUAUCCCUUCGAAAACGAAACGUCAAGACUUGUUCCGGUUCUUCAAACCUAUUAAACCGUGUUCUAUACGGAUACCACCGAAGCAGAAAGGAUUUGCUUAUAUCGGCUAUAAAACGGAGUCCGAUUUGAAGAAAGCUCUACUGAAGGAUAAAAGUUUUCUUGGCGGAAAACAGGUCAAAGUCGUGGACUUUACCGCCAAAGAUCGGCUAAAAGGUGAAGACGAAAGCAAUCAGGGGAAAAAGAUAAGUCCAAAAUGGAUUCGUCAGAAAGAAUCUGUUGAUAGCGAAAGCAUAAUCGAAUCAGGCAAAUUAUUUUACCGAAAUUUAGCUUAUUCCGUCAAAGAAGAAGACUUGAAAAAGCUGUUCGAGAAAUAUGGUCCUGUAGCGGAAAUUGAUGUCCCCAUCGAUACCAAUACCAGAAAGCUUAAAGGAUUCGGAACUGUGACGUUUCUAAUGCCUGAACAUGCUGUGUUGGCAUUCAAUGAAUUAAAUGGAACGUUUUUCCAGGGUCGUAUGUUCCAUAUUCUUCCAGCAAAGGUUAGUGAAAAAGAUAAGAACGAGGAAGACGAAGCUGGACUAAAUUUUAAACAGAAGAAGGAACUCAAACUCAAGAAAAUGGCACAAUCGUCUCACAACUGGAACACGUUAUUUAUGGGAGAGAAUGCAAUUGCAGAAGUGGUGGCCAAAAAGUACGGCAAAACCAAGGAAGAGGUGCUAACCACUGAUUUGGGAACGACCAGUGCUGCAGUUCGUUUAGCGUUGGGAGAAACAGAAAUUGUAAUGGAAAUGCAAAAGUUUCUGGAGGAUAACGGGAUCCAGUUAGAUGCCUUUAACGAAGUAGCUAAGAAAAGAUCAAACACAGUUAUUUUGGUAAAAAAUCUGCCACCGGGAACGGAGGUUAGUGAGCUGACGGAACGGUUUUCCAAGUUCGGGUUGUUAGGUCGAGUGAUUCUUCCACCGAGUGGUAUAACAGCUGUUGUAGAAUUUUCCGAUCCUAGCGAAGCCAAGAAAGCAUUCAAGAAGUUAGCCUACACCCGAUUCAAGUCGUUGCCCUUGUAUUUAGAAUGGGCUCCAGAUAAUACUUUUGCGACUUUAUCGAACAAGGAAACCAAUACAAAGACAGUUGAUGAAGUUUCGAUUGAUCGGGUUAUCCAAAAGGAUAAAAAUAAAACGGAUAACGAAGCAAAACUAUCGACAAAAACGAUAAAACUAAAUCAUCCUCCAGUGGAAGAACCAACUGAAUUAGGUCCUGAAGAAGGAACUACAUUGUUCCUCAAAAAUCUUAGCUUCCAAACCACUGAAGAUGUGAUCAAGCAGACGUUCGAGAGCGUUGGUCCAAUUCAUUCGGUGCAAGUCGUUCGUAGGAAGAAUGGAGAUAAGAACGAAAGUCGCGGCUAUGGUUUCAUUCAGUUUAAGUUGCGGAAAACAGCAGACGUUGUUUUGAAAAACAUGGCCACAAUCAUGAUAGAUGGAAGAAGAAUUGAAAUAUCACGUAGCGAUCGAACUCUUAACUCGGAAGUUACAAGCGGAAGAAAGGCUGCCAAUAUUACAAAGCAGACAGGUACCAAAAUUUUGGUACGCAAUGUGCCAUUCCAGGCGAACGCAAAGGAAAUUCGGGAUUUGUUUAGCGUUUUUGGUGAACUAAAAACUCUUCGACUGCCUCGAAAAUUAGUAGCCGGUGCGGAUGAAAGUCAUCGAGGGUUUUGUUUCGUUGAUUUUUUGGUGGAAGACGACGCAAAAAAGGCCUUCGGGGCACUUUGCAAGAGCACACAUUUGUACGGACGUCGAUUGGUGUUGGAGUGGGCCGAGGCUGAUGAUGACGGUAUAGAACAGCUGCGGAAACGAACAGCUGAGAAAUUUGGUGGAACUUCUGGAGGUAGUGACGACCAUAAGAGGAGUCGUAAAGCGGUCUUUGAUUCGUCGCAAAUAGCAAUGGCGAGUGAAAGUGCGAUUGCUAAUGACGAAGGUCUUGAAGACGAUGAAGGUGAUGAUGAUUUUUAGAGUAAAGUCAACCAUCGUUG